AUGUUUGAAAAACUCCCAGUUGGAUAUAUCACAAGAUCAACUAUCUAUAUAGUGUCCGGUGGACUUCUCAGUUAUGGAACUGCCGAGUUGAUGUGGGGCUCAGAGAACUUCUAUAGCAAAGCCGUAAUGCCUGCAGUUCAUAAAUAUGUAGAUGGAGAACAGUCUCAUAGACUCGCUGUGAAAGCUUGCUCUUUGGGUCUUCUGCCUAAAUUUGGAUGGAACAAACGUGAAUAUCCAGAGUUGGAAACGGAAGUACUGGGCUUCAAGUUCAAAAACCCUUUGGGAAUAGCUGCUGGUUUCGACAAAGACGGAGAAGCCAUUGUACCUCUGUCCUCCCAAUCAGGAUUAGGCUUAGUCGAAGUUGGUUCUGUUACUCCGAUUCCACAGCCUGGAAACCCAAGGCCUCGUGUGUUUCGAUUGUUAGAAGACGAAGGAGUUAUCAACCGAUAUGGUUUCAACAGUGAUGGUGUAGGGAAGGUUCAGCAACGUGUCAAGAAUGCUCGAGAAAAUUGGAAAGACGGGUUCGCAAUCUUCGGUGUAAACUUGGGUAAAAAUAAGAUGACCGAAGAUGCCAAACUAGAUUAUGAAGUCGGAGUUAACUAUUUCGCCCCUUAUGCUGACUACUUGGUUGUGAACAUUUCCUCCCCGAAUACCCCUGGCCUACGAUCCAUGCAGAACAAAGCUGAUUUACAAAAGUUGAUGUUAUAUGUAAAGAAAGCUGUUGAUAUCAUGCAAUUGGAGAAGCCUCCGAAAGUUUUACUCAAAAUAGCUCCCGAUCUCAUUCAUUCUGAAAUGAAAGAUAUAGCUCAAGUUGCUCUCGAUACCAAAUAUGGUAUUGAUGGGCUAAUCGUUUCAAACACCACUACAUCUCGUCCUGGACAUCUUCAAAGUGAUAACAAAGAACAGACUGGGGGCUUGAGUGGUAAACCUGUGAAAGAAAUAAGUACCGAAUGUGUCCGACAAAUGUACCAACUCACCAACGGUAAAAUACCUAUUGUGGGAUGUGGUGGAAUAGCUUCGGGACAAGAUGCUUAUGACAAGAUCAGAGCUGGUGCUUCACUCGUGCAACUCUAUUCCGCCCUAGUCUAUCAAGGGUUCCCAGUAAUCGGCAAGGUGAAGCGUGAGUUGGUGGAAUGUCUGAAAAAAGAUGGUUUCAAAAACAUCGCUGACGCUGUGGGUGCUGAUCAUCGAAGACUGUAA